AUGGACGCCAAACGGUCCGGACCCCUAGGAAAGGGGACGGAGUCCAAAAAACGAAAAGCACCCCCAACAGGAACCGACGCCGCGGCCAAGUCUCGCCCACCCAACAACAACGGACGAUCAACCGCGACGACCGUAACAACAGGGACAACGGCGCCGGCCCCGACGGCAGGACGCUUCGGUGCGAAACGCGUCAAGUUCCAAGAUGCCCGCAACAUCCGCACGCAGCCGGCCGACGCCGCGCUGGAAGACGGCAAGCUCGACCUGCAGAAGUUCCUCAACGCCCGCGAAUUCGAGAUCAAGGCCCUAGAAGACAGCAUGCGCAAGUGCAAGAGCACCAAUGCGUCCCGCGUUUUCCAGCAGGUCCCGCGCGCUCUGCGGAGACGGACGGCGAGCCACAAUGCUAGGAGGGUGCCCAAGAGGCUGCGAGAGCGCGCGAAGCGGGAGAUGCUGGAGGAUAACACGCCGACGGUCGAGGCUCGGAAGCGCCGUCCUCGCACGACCCGGGCCCGGAUACGCGCCGAGACGGCUAAAAAGUUGGGGAUUCUGGCCGAGAAAAAGAAGAAGCGGUUGCGUCAGAAGGCCGCUGCUGCUGCCGCUGCCGGCGGAGCCGCAUUGACCGACAAAGGAGCGAAGAUAUUGGUCGACACACGGCCGGCACGACCAAAGAUCCGGCGAGAUGCCCUUAACGAGCCGCCCAAGGCGCAAUCUAAGUUUCGAAAGAGGCAAAUCAACAAGACGUGGCUGCCGACGCACCUGUGGCAUGCGAAGCGGGCAACAAUGACCGAGCCGAGCAAGCCGCUGUGGCGGUUCGCUAUUCCGCUCACGCCAACCGAGAAGUGCUACCGGCCGACUCACCGUGCCGUGGGACAAAAGGGGGUUGUGGUAUGGGACGCGAGCUACAUGAGCACCAUUGGCCUCUACGGCACGGCCGAGGGUGUCGAGCGGGUGCUGAAGGCCUUGGGCUUGACACAAGAGAGCUUAUGGGGUGCUCGGGGACAAAAAUGGAGGGCUGGCGUGCGGAAAUGGACGGGGCUUGUUAGCAAGCCGAUCGGUGGCGGCGGUUCGAGACGUGAUAUUGGACCUGCAACGAUUGUCUGGAACCCGCAAGCACCGACUCGCAGCGACGACGGCCCAACGACUACAGAAACAGCAGAAGCAGCAGCCGCAGCCGCCGCAGGAGCGCCCCCCAAGAAACCGCAGAGACAAUUGCUCAUCCGCACGCAUCCGUCUUGCUUUCUCGAGCUGUUCGAGGAACUCCUCAAGCUUGCCAAGAUGCAGACACCGCGUCUUCACAUCGAGGAUUUGCGCUUUGAGAUUGGCAGUAUCGAGCUCACGGGGCCCGCGUCUACGGAAACGUUGAUGGGCAUCCUUCAGCCAUAUCACACCAAGUCAGACAACAAGGACGAGCGGCAUCUUCGGGUGUUUCGGUCCCUCGCCGGCGUCACAAACCCGGCGUCGCUCCCUAAGGACGCGGUACUCGCCUUCUCUGUCCAAGAUCCUCGCCUAUCGUACCCACCAAGAAGAGUCGAUAGUUCGAGUGGGGGUCCAGCGGGUGCUCUUCUCGAGACACUGGCCAACUGGCCACUCGACGACGGAGGUGUCGAGCCGUUUGACAUCUUCUGCCGAGAUCGCCGCCACGAAGCGUCAAGAUUGCCGUCUCAGAAGGCCAUCAACCGGCGAAAAGGGGUAAAUCCGUCGGGCGAGCCGCUCCCCGUCACCAAGGCUGACCCGCCGGUGCCCGUCCUGCUUCUUGCCUCACGGCCCUCCACGGACGGCCAGGCACAGGGCACGUGGACAUUGCUCGCGCCGUGGAAGUGCGUGAUGCCGCUCUGGUACUCCAUGAUGCGUCUCCCGCUUUCAACGGGCGGGAACCCGCGUCUUGGGGGACUGAACGAGCAGAGGCAAAUCGCGUUUGAGCACAGCGCCCCGUGGUUUCCUGCCGACUACCCGGCGACGGACGCGGGGCGCGAGUGGGAACUGGAGCAACGGGACAAACGACGCCGGGAUUGGGAUCGCCGGCCCAAGGGCAAGAGGAUAGAAUGGAACUCACUCGACCUCGGCGCGGGACGCAAGGGCGAAGUGGGCGAUGGCUUGGCGUGCGAUUUUGCGCAUUUGUUUGCGCUCUCCCCAGCCCCAGCCCCGGAACUAUCGGAAAAGACAGGGCCCACAUCUGGCCCAGGCGCUCCCCAACAGCCCCUAGCAGCAACAGCACCAACAACAGGGGGAACAGCAACGGGAACAACAGCGGGAACAACAGUAGCAGCAAAAGCGGCCCUGGGACUGAUUCGGCAUGUGCCCAAGCCGACCUUCACAUCAUGGUUGGCCGCGUUACCAGAUUUGGGCAAUCCGCCCGCGAAAUGUUCCCUCAUCACAAUUCAUUUAACCUUUAUCACAAGGGGCGUCGCAAACACCUGUGCGAGGAUCUACCGGCUACCUUCCCGGAAACCAGGGGCUGCACCACCCGUUCCCACUCUGCCUCUGCCGGGGGUCGAGGGGGUCGAGGUGUUCGCCACAGACCCGUCGUCGUUGUCGUUGUCGUCGUCAACAGCAGCACCUGCAUCCACGAAAUCCCUCCCUCGGGAUUUGGGUGAUCAGUGGCUUCGGCAACUACCCCAGCCCAAGCAUAGCGGCGUUACCAGGGGGGGCCAGAGACCCCAAUUGGGCCGCAGCCGCGUACCUGUGCCCCCACGCAUGCCCGCCGGGAUAGAUAUGGCGACGCGUAAAAAGUUGCUCGCGCAGUCCAUCGUCGCGACGGAGCUGCCAUACCCACCACCAAAACCGGGGAAUUACAAUCACAAUCACAGACACCAACACCACCACCCGCUCUGUCCAGGAGAGGAGGAUCUGCUUGGGUUUGUGACGUCGGGCGCGUUCAGUCUGAGCGAAGGGCGGGGCACGGCAAUCGGGUCGAUCUCGGCGGACAGGGCGCUGGAGGCGAUCCGGGACGCGGGUGCGAGGACGGGCAAACUUUGUGUGGUGAGGAACGCGGGGGAGAGUGUGGGCUGGCUGGCGAGAUGGGAGGUUGUUUGA